AUGGAAAAACAGAGAAGAAGACACGAACUUGACCCGAUUCGCGCCAUCUGCGACGCGAUCACUCCGAUCCUCAACCGCUACGACUUCUUUCGCUGCGACCUGAUCUCGAAACAAUCGAGCUCCCCGCGAGCCAUCCUGCAUUCCGCCCGGUUCCUCUUCCCCAAAACUUCGUGCGACGGGGGUUCGGACCAACACCCGCGUCGCCACUGGUCCACGACCGGGAGCUCGACGGGCAAAGUGCGGCCGAGCCUGUGCCUGAGGCCUGUGCCUGAGGCCUGUGCCUGA